AUGCCAAAAUGGGUGAAAGUCGUAUUUCUCAACUGGCUACCGAAAAUUUUAUUUAUGCGACGGGUCGAAGAGAGGAAUAAUUCAAAAAAGAGCGUUACUUUGAACAAGGACUUGGGUAGAGUCUCUCCAGCAAUCAGCUUUGACAAACUUGCGCCUUCUAUUUUAGAGCUUACAUCGCUCGAGGGCAAAAUUCCUUUGAAUUACCAUGUACAUCGCUUCAGUAAUGAUGCUCCAGUGGAUGAAAGGAUACAGAAGCUGUACAAGUCGCCGCAGGGAAUAAGCUUUACGGUGGUACAAGCUUUCGAGAACAUCAUAUACAUAGCUGAACUGCUCAAAAGCAAUGAACGCGACGACAAGGUCGACGAAGACUGGAAUUUUGUCGCUAUGGUGCUAGAUCGUCUUUUUCUUUUCAUCUUUGCUGGUGCGUGCUUUUCUGGCACCAUGAUGAUACUCUUGCAAGCACCGACGCUGUACGACUACAGAAAACCGAUAGACCUGCAAUACCGACCUGCUAACCUAAGUGGUCCCCUCUAA